AGUCCGAGCCAGAGACAACGAGAUCUGGAGCUGCGCGGAGCAGGACGCCGAGCAUCCUGGAGCCCAGCUUCAACAUGUCCGUUCCUGGGGCAAGACCAUGCAGCUGGGCGCGGCCCUGGUGCUCGGGGCGGCCCUGUGCCUGGGGUGUGGCCAGCCCCUGGCUGGGGCCCCUGAACACCCCUUCUCCGUGCUGUGGAACGUGCCCUCGGCACGCUGUAGAGCCCGCUUUGGUGUGCACCUGCCACUAGCGGCCCUGGGCAUCACUGCCAACCGUGGGCAGAGUUUCCACGGGCAGAACAUCACCAUCUUCUACAAGAACCAGCUCGGCCUCUAUCCCUACGUGGGGCCCAGGGGCACAGCUCACAAUGGGGGCAUCCCGCAGGCUGUGCUCCUUGACCGCCACCUGGCACGCGCCGCUUACCAGAUCCGCCGCAGCCUGAGGCCCGGCUUUGCCGGCCUGGCGGUGCUGGACUGGGAAGAAUGGUGUCCACUCUGGUCUGGGAACUGGGGCCGCCGCCGAGCCUACCAGGCAGCCUCGUGGGCGUGGGCACAGCAGGUAUUCCCGCACCUGGGCCCCCAGGAGCAGCUCCGCAAGGCCCGGGUAGCCUUUGAACAAGCAGCGCGAGCCCUGAUGGAGGGCACCCUGCAGCUGGGCCGGGCACUGCAGCCCCGGGGGCUCUGGGGCUUCUAUCACUUCCCGGCCUGUGGCAAUGGCUGGCACGGUAUGGCUUCCAAUUACACAGGCCACUGCCACCCAGCCGCCCGUGCCCGAAACACCCAACUGCAUUGGCUCUGGGCCGCCUCCAGCGCCCUCUUCCCCAGCAUCUACCUCCCGCCCAGGCUGCCGCCCGCUCACCACCAGGCAUUUGUGCGACACCGCCUGGAGGAGGCCUUCCGUGUGGCCCGCUCUGGGCACCCCCACCCCCUGCCGGUCCUGGCUUACGCCCGCCUCACGCACCAGGGUUCUGGAAGGUUCCUGUCCCAGGACGACCUCAUGCGGACCAUUGGUGUGAGCGCAGCGCUGGGGGCAGCCGGCGUGGUGCUCUGGGGGGACCUGAGCCUCUCCAGCUCCGAGGAGAAGUGCUGGCACCUUCAUGACUACCUGGUGGACACCCUGGGCCCCUACGUGAUUAACGUGACCAGGGCGGCCACAGCCUGCAGUCACCAGCGGUGCCAUGGCCAUGGGCGCUGUGCCCGGCGAGACCCAGGACAGCUGGAAGCCUUCCUGCACCUGCAGCCAGAUGGCAGCCCUGGAGCCUGGGAGCCCUUUAGUUGCCACUGUUACUGGGGCUGGGCGGGCCCCACCUGCCAGGAGCCCAGGCCGACGCCAGGGCCUCAGGAAACAGCAUAAAGCCAGCGGUCACCUGCUGUGACCCUCUUGUCCCUGCUGCCAUUUCGCAGUCCUUGAGGAUUCUGUCUCACUCUUGUUCUAUUUAGCUUAACAGUCCUCUCAUCCACACACCCUACCUCCCAUGGGAUCCCUGGGGAGUGGAAGGGGCCAGAAAAAAAUUUCCACUGUUUUAAAACCAGAGGCCCUCUGAGAUCACCUGACCCCUGCUACAAAGGCAGCUGUCCUAGGGAGAGAGUCAAGGUUCCAGAUGGUUAGGGUGCCAGCCCAGGGCUCUGUCCCUACACAUCACUGGGUCCAUGGAGAUGCCGAAGGAAGGGGACCUGUCCAAGGGCAGGUGGGUCUCAAGAUCUUGACUAAGGUCUGUACGUGCUAAACUGCUGUCUGUACUUUGCUUUCAUCAUAAAGUCACUCUUUCCUUCGCUGCCUGA